AGAAUCAAAGCACUCCUCGCUCCAUUGGCUGGUGGUUGCGUCAAUAUAUCUACGUUCCUAAAGCAUCGCCCCUGAGCAAAAAGAUAUUGUGCGGCUUUACUGACUGUGACAGGAAUGUCCUUCCCGGGCGCCUUAGAUGCUUACGGGUAAUACAUCUACAAUCAGACAUUGCACCAGUGUGCAGUACAAGCUCAGGAGUGGAUGUCAACAGAUCGUUCCUCAGCAUGCCCUGAGCUGGCUGAUCUCAGACCAGAGACAAGACCUUGUUUAGGGUAAAUGUGAAGGAGUUUCGGAGAGCUGUGACCUAAAGGCAUUUCAAUUUCUGAGAUGUCAUUCAAACGAGCAGAUGGGAUGUCCAUUGCCCAGGCUUUGGCCAUGACUGUAGCUGAGAUACCGGUGUUUCUCUAUUCCACAUUUGGGCAGUCCAUAUUUUCUCAGCUAAAGCUUACUCCAAACUUGAAGAAGGUGCUGUUUGCCACAGCACUGGGCAGUGUAGCUCUGGCUCUCACCGCUCAUCAGCUGAAAAGGCGGGGGAGAAAAAGGAAGCAGGUAACACAAGGGAAGGAGGGCCAGAAGACAGUGGGAAUACCUGCGGCGCUGAUAAGGACAGGAAGACCCUCAUCAUUAAAGAGAGGCCCGUUUACUGGCCGACAGAUGAUUAGUCCCAGCGCUCGGAGCAAUGACACCAUGAGUGGAAUUUCUUCCCUGGCCCCCAGUAAACACUCAAGUUCCUCACACAGCCUGGCAUCUACGCGGGUCCCAAACUCUCCAAAUCAAUCUGCCAAUCCAUCCACCCCCUGGGAAGCGGAGCCUGUGGUGGAAGAGUCAGGAGCAAUAGAGGAUGCUAAUGCAGAGAAUCUCUAUAUAAUGGGAAUGGAGUUGUUUGAGGAAGCUCUACGAAAGUGGGAACAGGCGCUGAAUAUUCGGCCUCACACAGACUCGACCUCCAGCAACAACAGCCUCGCUCUGCAAGGGGCAGCGUGUGGAGACUUUUCUAUGGUUGAAACCCGUAAUAAAGGUUUUGCUGAGAAGUUGGAGACACUACUGCACAGAGCAUACCACCUACAAGAGGACUUUGGCAGCAGUAUUCCAACAGACAGCGUGCUGGCAGACUUUGUCAGAGUUUGUGGUGUUCCUUUGGCAGAGAGUGAAGGAACUCUUAUCUUACCUCAAGUGGAGAGUUUCUACAGACUGCAAGAUGAUGAUGCGACAACUGUUACCUCUGACCAAUCCUUCUUCUCGGCUGCAGAGCUGUUUGAUGCCAUGUCUUUAGAAGAGGUCUACCAGCCACUAAAGCCAGCAGCUCUCUAUGAAGAAGCCUUGUCUCUGGUCCGGGAGGGCAAAGUGUCCUAUAGGUCCCUGAGAACUGAAUUACUUGAAUGUUUUGGUGACCAGGACUUCCUUGCCAAACUUCAAUGUGUGAGACAAGCAUUCCAGCUCCUGUUGCUAGAUGAAACUCACCGCACAUUUUUCAUGGAGACCGGGAAACAAAUGAUUGUAGGUUUGAUGGUGAAGGCAAACAAGAGUCCCAAAGCCUUCCUGGAGAGCUAUGAGGACAUGUUGCUUUACACUAAGAGAGAGGAAACGUGGCCCGUCACUAAGAUGGAGCUGGAGGGCCGAGGGGUGGUGUGUAUGAACUUUUUCGACAUUGUGUUGGACUUCAUCCUGAUGGAUGCAUUUGAAGACUUGGAGAACCCUCCCUCCUCUGUUGUAGCUGUGUUGAGGAACCGCUGGCUCUCUGACAGCUUUAAAGAGACGGCUCUGGCAACUGCUUGCUGGUCUGUCCUAAAAGCGAAAAGGCGACUUCUUAUGGUUCCUGAUGGUUUUAUUUCCCACUUCUAUGCCAUAUCAGAACAUGUGAGCCCAGUUUUAGCUUUUGGGUUUUUGGGCCCCAGACAGCACCUAAGUGAAGUUUGCACUAUUUUCAAGCAACAAAUCGUGCAGUACCUGAAGGAUAUGUUUGAUCAUGACAAGGUGCGCUUCACCUCUGCUCAGUGCUUGGCUGAGGACAUCCUGAGCCUUUCCCACCGCCGGAGUGAGAUUUUACUGGGGUAUCUGGGAAUCAAUAACCUGGAGCUCAAUGGUGCCCCGUCCAGAGCCACAGAGGGCUCUUCCGGGCCAAUCUAAGACAACUGGGCUCACUAAGGGCUUCACCGGGCUUUUACAGGCCGAUUGCACUGGGCUGACCAGUAAGAAAUGGCAGGCACUCACAGCUCAACCCUCAUUAUGUAACUACAUUAAGACUGGAUAGAAUCAUGCUCCUGUGAUACACUGAGAACCAGCAUCAUUCACUGAGUUGUGUCCAUCAAACACAACUUACUGUGAGAGGAUAUAUUUUCACCAGAUUUACAGUAUCAAUGGUACUGAGGGAGACCAGUUGGAUAGUAUGAUUCCAUCUCUCGUUUGUCAUCAGCUGCUGUGUUGCGUAUCAAGAAUGCCUACUGUAGUCAUGUAAUCUCAGACGUGUGAGGACUUGUCUUUUGCCUUGUUUGGUGACAUGGAUACUUUCUAAAAACACACCUAAAUGAAGCGCUACCAACACAUGAAGACUGGGCCUUUUACUUUAUUAAUUCACAUCGAUCGAGUCUCUUCGGAGAACCAGUGGUUGCAUUGUGACCUUCCAUUCAUCUGACUUCCUGGAUAUCAUAGUCUUCAAUAUUAUGUCAAAAGAAAUGGUGCGAGAGUCUGUCGCCAAAUGUGCGUUUGUAUCUUUUAUAUUAAAGGGGGAAGGAUAUUUGUUGAAACCGUGAUCAUUUCUGACAGGCUUGGCCAGCUAAGACUUAAAGGAGGUAAUGGAUUUGUCUCCUCUUUGAUUGUUCUUGAAUCCUCUUAAAUCUGAAGUAUUUAUUCCCAUUUGGUUUAAUUAAGCAGGCUAAGGUGUCACAUAUCCAAGAGACAUGCAAGAACACAUUGUGUCAAAUUAGUGAAGGGUAUUAACAUGUUACUUAUAUAGAAGUUGAAUUAUCCCAAAAUCUAUAUGUUGACCACAGUUGUGUUCUUAGUCAAAGUGGACAUAGUAGGGCAUGCAGCUGAGAUGCAAAUAGUUACGUUUUGUGCAGUUUAACUUUCUCUAAGUCACAGUGAUCCCUCAGAUUUGAUCUGGCAAUGGAUGACAUGAAUAUUACCAGUUGUAAGUGCCAUAGAGGCACAAAAUGAAACUUCCCGCUACCAAUAACACAAUAUCAGCUGUGACAGCAUCUAUCUGAAUACCAUCACACAGAUGAGUAUAGCCAGAAAGCAAAUGUCUAAAACAGUUUAACACAUAAGUGCUCUCAGGGAGUAAAAGGUAACACACACAUGUGUGUGUGUCUGUGUAUAUCUAUUUAUCUAGAAAUCAAUAUCAGGAUAUCUGUUAUGUUGUGACUAACGAGCUCAAUGUUUUUUUCCCCUUCAAAUACUUAAAAUUAAUGUAUUUGUUAAUUGGUUGAGCAACUUGAAUUGCUUCCAAAUAUGUGGGCCUAAAUUCUAAAACUUGCUAAGCUUUAAUUCCCUGAAUAAUAAAAAAUAAUAAUAAUAAAAUAGUGACAUUUCUAAGGAAAAAGUACCCAAAGACAAGAUAUAUAAAGAUAUAAAUCAAUGUUUUCAAUGUAAAAUUUGGAACAAUGGUACUACCUGAAUAUGGAGGUUACAGGAUGUAAAUAAGUAUGAAAUGGGUAAUGAAUGAGUAACAGAUAUGCUGUUUUCACUCAACAUUUUGACUUGCCAUGCACAAGUGUUACUUAAACCAGACCAGUGUGUUCACAAAGUGCACACAGUCAUCUAACAUUUUCAGAGACUUUGUCAAGAACACAGUCUCAGUGUUCUAAUGGAUUAGAAACACGUGGAUAUUUUCCAUCACCUCUAAAUCAAACAGUGCCAUCUACUAGUCUUAGCAAGGAUAGAUGUUUUUCAUGAAGACUUGUGUUGAAAAACCGGGCAUUGUACAGUCAGUCUGUAACCUACAUAAGUGCACUGAUGAUGAUAACCCCUGAUUUUCUCUUUGUUUUCCCAAUAUUGGGAAUUUGUUGGAACAUAGAGACACUGAAGGGGCACUACGAUGCCAAGUUAUUAUUAGUCGGAGUUUUCUUCUGCUGAUCCAAACAUGAAUAACUCCACAACUAUAAAAGCAGAUGUAUUAUGUAGACGAUAGUUUGUUUAAGAAACUGUCAAAUACUAAAUUAUCUUAAUGAAAUGUGAUUAAAAGAUGAUUUAUUAUUAAUGGUGGCAGCAGAUCACAGUUUGUAUGCUAAUGGUUGCCUGGUUGAACGAGAAAAGGGAAGACAUUUCUGUCAAAUCAUUUUUCGGUUUCGUAGAUCUUUCGAUAGUUUUGUCAUACAAAUUAGCAGGUCUUUGUAAUUCAUAAUCGUUUAAGAGUGUGUUUUGUGGUCUUGAUAAUCCAAAUCCUGCUCUUGUUGCAACACAUCACUGAAAUUCAGAGCUCAGAAAUGUUACGUUUUGCAAUACAAUACCAUUGUGUUUUUCCAGCACUGUAGGGUGUUUUCUGUUUCUGUCUAGCAUUUACUUCCAAAUGUAAAUGGAGCUUUUACAGAAAAUGAUUUAGUUCUUUGUUUUGCAAACAUGCAGUUUUGUGUUUUUAAGCAUUUUGCACUUUAUCAGAAAAGCAGAAAGAUACAGGAAUGUCCAACAACCCUUUUUAGAGAAUCAGUUUUAGAGUUUAACUGUACAAACAUAUUAAAUUAUUUAUUGCAUCAGAACUGACAUAUUAUUGCUAACAUGGAGCGUAUGUAUGCUGUAUAGUAGAGAAACUAUCUUUCCCAGAUAACUAUUUUAUGGAAACCGUUAAUUGUGGUUACUUUCCAAAGUUUUUGUUUUAGUCUCCAUCUUAGAAAUUCUCCAAUUUUAACUUUUGACUGCUUGUGGUCCAAUCCAUUCUCUUAUGUCCUGCUAUUGUAGACUAUCACGUAUACUUGCAACAGUAUGUAUCAUGCAGGUAAAUGCAAUUAUGGAAAAAAUGCUAAUGUUUAGUCUUGUGUUCACAUAAUGGUCUGCUUGUUCUGUGUCCUGGGAGUAGAUGAUCAGAGAUGAAUCCCUCUGCGUGUUAACAGUAUAGAUUCUCUGAAAUGCAUCAAUCCGUUUAUCCCUGCAACAUUUAGAUCCAGAUUUAGACUAGUUGCUAGUUUUGAAAAUCAAAAUUAGAAACAAGCUAAAGAAGCUGACUUACAAUGAUUUAAUAGUGGAAAUUCAGGUAUGUAGUCUCCUGCUUAACGUAUACGCAAUAGAUUUUUUUUAUGAGGAUUUCAGAUGGCCAAAAUGUAGAAAGAAUUUUUUUUCUUUUCUUUUGAAAGUCACUGCUGUACAUUACAAGUGUCCUAUUCAUGCCUUUUGUCUUUUCUAUUGCUAAAUUACAAUGCCAGCACAAACUGUAAAUUGAUUUUGAUUCUCCAUAUUAAAUGUUAUUUUUUUGUUAUUAAACGAUAUGUUUGUUAUGCCUUUUCCCAACUGA